AUGGAUCCAACUGAGUCGAGCUGGAGACUCGGUGGCGGAGAUGAGUUUUUCUUUGGAAGUGACAAGGACAGUAGCAUACUCAGCGAGUUCGGGUGGAAUAUUCCGGCAGAAACCAGCUGUGGUGUCGGUGAUUCCGAUCGGAUAGACUCCAAUUUUGGGGGAGAGAGCACAAGUGACUACGUUUCAGUUCCAGCUCCUCGGAGAACUGCUACUGAACCGACGGCGGUGGAGGAAAAAGUGGAGGCAUCGGUGUCUUCGAGCUCAUCGGAGGAUCAGCCGGAGAAGUCGAUGGCCUCCGGUGACUCCUCCCAGCCGCCGGCGGAAACAGCGAGCAAGGCUAGAAAAAAGGGACAAAAGCGAAUUCGUCAGCCACGUUUUGCUUUUGUUACUAAAAGUGAAGUUGAUCAUCUGGAGGAUGGUUACAGAUGGCGCAAAUAUGGACAGAAAGCUGUAAAAAAUAGUCCAUUUCCAAGGAGUUAUUAUCGGUGUACAAAUAGCAAAUGCAUGGUUAAAAAAAGAGUUGAACGUUCGUCUGAGGAUCCAUCUGUCGUGAUAACAACGUACGAAGGGCAGCACUGUCACCAUUCAGUUGGAUACCCUAGAGGUGGACUUAUUUCUCAUGAUCAGGCUUUAUUUGCAAGCCGGUUGAUCCCUUCCGUUCACUACCCUGUAGGAUUGCCGUACUCUCAUUCACUCCACGCUGCACAAUCACAGCACGUCCCUGCUGCAGGCGAGAUUGGAGAAGUGCACGAGGCAAUAAGUUCACAGCCCCAAGUGGACCAAGGACUACUCGGGGAUAUCGUGCCAUCUGGAAUGCGAAAUGGAUGA